UUGGCAGCACUGUUCACUAGACAAGCAGUUGGAUCGAGUCCUGCCAGGGCGCGCUGAUCGAUGCGUUCCUGUUACUUUCAUCAUGACGGACGCAAAGAAAGAUCUUGCCACGGCAUCGGUUAAAAAGACGAAGAAGGAACCUAAGGAUGCGUCAAAGAAUGUUAUGCGAGAAGUGAGGAUAAGAAAAUUGUGUUUGAAUAUCUGUGUCGGUGAAUCUGGUGACAGACUUACGCGUGCUGCGAAGGUUUUGGAACAGUUAACCAGCCAGCAACCAGUAUUUUCCAAAGCUCGAUACACUGUGCGUUCCUUUGGUAUUCGGCGUAAUGAAAAGAUCGCCGUGCACUGUACAGUUCGUGGAGUGAAAGCUGAAGAAAUUUUGGAAAAGGGCUUAAAAGUACGUGAAUACGAAUUACGUAAAGAGAAUUUUUCUGGCACCGGCAAUUUUGGUUUCGGUAUUCAAGAACACAUUGAUUUGGGUAUUAAAUAUGACCCAAGCAUCGGUAUCUACGGAUUAGACUUCUAUGUUGUUCUUGGACGUCCAGGAUUCAAUGUAGCACACAGAAGGAGGAAAACUGGUAAAGUCGGUUUCCAGCAUCGACUUACGAAGGAAGAUGCCAUGAAAUGGUUCCAACAGAAAUAUGAUGGUAUAAUUCUAGCUGGUAAAAAGUAAUUUACA